AGAGCGUAUCAUCAAGUUAGGGCUUUGCUUUGAAAACUGAGAGAGAGCGGUUCUUCCCCCCCAACGCUACUACUAGUAUUAGUAGUUUCUCAUUUCACUGAAUCCUUCUAGAACUAAUCUGGAAUUGAGAGAUGGCGUUAGCGUUCGAUGAAUUCGGGAGACCCUUCGUAAUUAUAAAAGAACAAGACCAGAAGGUUCGAUUGAGAGGGCUCGAUGCUCAAAAGGCCAACAUUGCUUCUGGUAUGGCGGUCUCUCGCAUCCUUCGAACCUCCCUCGGUCCCAAAGGCAUGGACAAAAUGCUCCAGAGCCCCGACGGCGAUGUCACCAUCACAAAUGAUGGUGCUACGAUAUUGGAGCAAAUGGAUGUGGACAAUCAGAUUGCAAAACUGUUGGUUGAGCUUUCGCGGAGUCAGGAUUAUGAAAUAGGGGAUGGGACUACUGGUGUUGUUGUUCUGGCUGGUGCUCUUUUAGAGCAGGCUCAGAAGCUGUUGGAGCGUGGGGUUCAUCCCAUUCGCGUUGCUGAGGGUUACGAGACAGCUUCUAGAAUUGCUGUUGAACAUUUGGAGAAGAUUGCACAGAAGUUUGACUUUGGAGUUAAUAAUAUUGAGCCCUUGGUUCAAACUUGCAUGACUACUUUAUCUUCCAAGAUUGUGAAUCGGUGCAAGCGCAGUUUAGCAGAGAUUUCUGUUAAAGCAGUCCUUGCCGUUGCAGAUUUAGAGAGGAAAGAUGUUAAUCUAGAUUUGAUAAAGGUUGAGGGGAAAGUCGGAGGCAAGUUGGAAGAUACUGAACUGAUUUAUGGGAUACUUGUUGACAAAGAAAUGAGUCAUCCGCAGAUGCCAAAGCAAAUUGAAGAUGCAAAAAUUGCUAUCUUGACCUGCCCCUUUGAACCACCUAAGCCAAAGACUAAACAUAAGGUGGACAUUGAUACAGUUGAAAAGUUUCAAACUUUGCGUAAGCAAGAGCAGCAGUACUUCGAUAACAUGGUUCAGAAAUGCAAGGGUGUAGGUGCAACCUUGGUUAUUUGUCAAUGGGGGUUUGAUGAUGAGGCAAAUCAUUUAUUAAUGCACAGGAACUUGCCUGCAGUCCGGUGGGUUGGUGGUGUAGAGUUAGAGCUGAUAGCAAUAGCCACAGGUGGAAGAAUAGUGCCAAGGUUUGAGGAGUUGACACCAGAAAAGCUAGGAAAGGCUGGUUUGGUUCGAGAAAAGGCUUUUGGCACAACAAAAGAUAGAAUGCUGUAUGUUGAACACUGUGCAAAUUCAAGGGCAGUAACCAUAUUUAUUCGUGGAGGUAACAAAAUGAUGAUUGAGGAGACAAAGCGUAGCAUCCAUGAUGCAUUGUGUGUGGCAAGGAAUCUCAUUCGCAACAAUUCUAUUGUAUAUGGUGGUGGCUCAUCUGAGAUUUCCUGCUCAAUUUCUGUGGAGGCCGCAGCAGAUAGAUAUCCAGGAGUUGAGCAGUAUGCUAUCAGGGCAUUUGCAGAUGCUUUAGAUUCCGUCCCUAUGUCGCUUGCAGAAAAUAGUGGCCUCCAACCCAUUGAGACAUUAUCUGCUGUGAAAUCUCAACAAAUUAAGGAGAACAAUCCUUACUGUGGAAUAGAUUGCAAUGAUGCUGGUACAAAUGACAUGCAAGAGCAAAAUGUAUUUGAGACUCUUAUCGGAAAGCAGCAGCAGAUUUUGCUAGCAACACAAGUUGUCAAAAUGAUUCUAAAAAUCGACGAUGUCAUCUCCCCUUCUGAUUUCUGAUCUUUGAAGUUCUGUUACAUAACACUGCUUAGCCAUCAACCGAGGUGAUAUUGUUUUGAUGGCCUGAUGUGGCAUAUUGAGCUGCAUGGAGACACUCUCAGUUCACGAGAGUUUGUUUUGGUUACAGAUUUUGUAUCUAUCAUUGGAUUUUAGUCAGGGCUUUUCUUGUGUCUGAACUGGUUGAUUUUGUCGCUUGUUUUCUUUGAUUACUGAUAUUACUUUAUACCCCCCUUCUUAGCUGUCUCUACUUGUAUACUGCAUAUUUAUUGCAGGAUCAUUUGUUUCAGCUCGUUUUUCUUAUUCUUUGUUUCAAA